GAAAACUUAAUAUCAUUAUUAAAUGAAAAUUUAUUCCUCUUAUCACCAUCUGUUCGUUGAAAUUUAGCGCCAUCUGGCAAUGAUUUGAUAAACUUUCCAUCCAAAGCCGAAAAUCUCGCAGCCAGUUAUAAAGGGAUAGGUUUGCAAUAUUUGGCACUUUUUCGCUGUUUACAACUGCCAAUGUUCGUUCAACUGCCAAUGUUCUUUAAUGUUCGCCCUGCGCAUGCGCAGUUGCUCAGCCGGUUGUACCCGCAGACACAAGUGCGCGCGCACCAUGCCUUGUACUGUUCUGAGGCGCUGUGAUGUGGCAGAAAUCAGCAAAGCGCGCUAUUCAACCAUGUUUAUUUUUUUUUCUGUUGAAACUAUAGAGCGCAAAACUGUGAAUUAAUAAUGCUGUGAAUUUCUUGGAAAAAGUGUAAAAGUCUGGAUCUUUUAAAAAAAUCUAUCUGCUGUAUGAUAGAAGAAAUUAUUUGGUGAUGGCUUUCAUUGAACUCAGUAUCUAUCAGAUUUUAUGUACCGAUUCUUGAAGUUCCAAGACUAUUUUGUUCCAGAAGUGUAUCUGAAACUCUAUUAUCAGAAGAUGGAGUUCAGCGAGGAGCAGAAGAUAGAGCUCAGAGAGGAGCUCAGCACAGAGCAAAGGAGGAAGCUAGCAAAGAGCAGAGGAGCAAGCUCAGCGAGGAGCAAGCUCAGAGAGGAGCAGAAGAUGGAGCUCAGCACAGAGCAGAGGAGGAAGCUAGCAAAGAGCAGAGGAGGAAGCUCAGCUAAGAGCAGAGGAGGAAGCUCAGCUAAGAGCAGAGGAGGAAGCUCAGCUAAGAGCACAGGAGGAAGCUCAGCUAAGAGCUGAAGAAGAAGCUCAGCUAAGAGCAGAAGAAGAAGCUAAGCAGAGCAGAGCAGAGGAAGCUAAGCAGAGCAGAAGGAGACGAUCGUCAAAGAGUAAAAAAAAAGGACGAUCGCCAAA